UUAAAAAGGAGACAGUCAGGCGCUGCUGCAAUUUGUAUUAAAACCUCAGUCUCUUUCUAUGGAAUCCUUAGCGACUCCAGACUACCAACAGCGCGAGCCCCCUCUGCAAUACUACAGUCUCCACCAUUAGCUGCCUCUUGCCUCGGGACACUUCAUAAAGAACACCCACCACAGAUCAUUUCAUUUGCAGCUACUUUGAGCUUUUGACAGGAUGGCCAGAUCGGCGUAUAUCCUCUGUGGCAUGGUUUUCAUCCUUGGGCUACUCUCAUAUACAGUGGCCUCCAAAAGGAACAGGGGCUCCCAAGGCGCCAUCCCUCAUCCUGACAAAAACAACCCAAACGAAUCGGAGCAGCAACCACAGGCACCGCAGGCGGGCUCUGGUUCCCGACGACGGGAAAAGAGUUCUGCUGCACCGGCUGAGGAGGUGCUGGAGUCCAGCCAAGAAGCUUUGCAUGUCACUGAGCGCCGCUAUCUGAAACGCGACUGGUGCAAGACACAGCCACUUAAACAGACCAUCCACGAGGAGGGCUGCAUCAGCCGCACCAUCAUUAACAGGUUCUGCUAUGGACAGUGUAAUUCUUUUUACAUCCCCAGACAUGUCCGCAGGGAAGAGGGAGCCUUCCAGUCUUGUUCGUUCUGCAAGCCGAAACGAUUUACUACCAUGACUUUCACUUUGAACUGUCCGGACCAGCAGCCGUCCACCAAGAAGAAGCGCAUCCAGCGCGUAAAGCAGUGCCGCUGCAUCUCCAUAGACUUGGACUAGCCCUGUGAUUGACUGGGAUGCGGCCAAUUAGUCUCCUCAUCAAACAAUUAUUGGAUUGUUCACAUGAAGGAUAAUCACCGUAUGUCUGGGAGCAUUUUUCCCUGUUCCAAAUAUGAGAAAAUGUUCAAUCUGCAAGGAACGUAAGAUCAGACAGACAUGUGCAGCAUGUUGUAGGCUUCUGUAGAUAUACUUGGGCAUAUUCUUUUGUAAACAAGGACUGCUGUACCAUGUCAUUUUCUGCGCAUAAUUGCCUAUUAAUCUAACUGCAAUAGCAGCCUGUGGCGAGCAUCGUUGCAUGGUAUAAUGACAUGGAAUGAACAAGCGCACGGCUUUUCCAACCUCAAAUAGGACUGCAAAACCUUUUCACACAGUUUUUACACUAUUUUGGACAGAGACACCAAUAGGCUAUCAAAACCAAUUUCAAUGGGGGGGGGAAUAGGACAGAAAAUGCGUUUAUAUAAUUAAUGGUUGACGAAUAGAUAGUUUCCACUAUGUGGAAUUUGAAAAAAGGUAACGACUAUUUAAUGUGGCAAGAAUGCUCCACUGAUUUAUUUGACUCCAAUGGUCAGUGUUAUAGUGGAGAGCUUUUGUAAAUCUAAAAAAAAACGAAAUAUCUGUAUUAGUUGGACAUGGAAAUGAAAAUGUUCGACGUAGGCCUACAUACUUGUUUACAAUGCUGUAGAUGGAAGCUUUUCUUUUAGUUGUCUAAAUGUUAUUCAUACACGAAUUGUAAAUGCAACCAGUUUGAUAGUUCUAUCAGAGCAACUGAUCCACAAAAUAAACCGAUAUUGACAUUGAUGCAGUGGGUCACUGAACCUGUUCGCUUUUUGCUUACAUUGUUCAUGUCUGAACAUUGCAGCGUCAGGGUUGUGACACCACCGAUGUGAAAUGGAUCGUUAAUUAACCCACACCCAAACUGCAAAGACUCCGAUUUCAUGCAUAGCAUUUUUAUGUAUCAGGUUUAACCCUAAACACCAAAUAAAAACAUAUUCUCUAGUGAUGGGUUAUUUUCUUCUUGCUCGGAGCCAACCUCUUGCUGGGACUUUUGUACGUUCCUUAGACCAUUGGGUAUAUUUCGUCGUAAAACCAAUAUCAUUUAUGAGAAAAGACCACAAGAAACGCGAUUACAUGUUAGACUCAACAACUUUUCCAAUAACCCCUUCAAACGAUGUUAUCGAAGUUUACAAUAGGAUCUCCCCCGGCUCCCAAAUCUGUCAAAGGCCCAUGUUUUUGUGGGGACACUGAUGCUAAACAGGGCUUACGCAUUUGUAAAACCAUGGCUCCCUUACGGCUUCUUGUUCAGAUGAUACAGGCCUACAUGGCUCUCUAAAAAUAGAUACAUCAACCAAUCAAUAGCCUUCUUUAAAAAUUGAACACCGAUCAAAGUUUUCUUCAUCAAUGAUUUAUUGUCGAGUUGUUUUAGCCUCUUACGCAUUUGGGACUUCAGAGUUGUUUUGUCAGUUGCGUCGCUCUGCUUCGAUUUACCCUUGCCAGGUCUUCAUUGUACCGAAUGUAGUGCUGACAUAAUCAAGUUUGUGCCUUCAUUGGCACAUGCAGCGACGUGUAAUAGGCUACAAGUCAUGUAUAUAGAAGUUGCGUGUUUCUAUCCAUUUCUAUCGAUUUAACUUAGGUGCACUUUCUCUCAUUAUUAUCGUGCUUUCUGACAUUUUCAAAUGAUGAAUUUAGAAUGAAAAUGUGCAUUGUGAGAUAUAUAGGUGCAAAUGAAUACAUCUUUGCGCACAAAUCAAUGAAACAAUUAGGCUAUGGUCAUUUUCACCUUUAUUUGGCUACUGAAUGUUAUUAGGGAGUGCUGAAAGUAGAGGAACAACAGACAAGGAGGGUUAAACAUCCGUUUCCAUGCGAGCCAGGCUUCCUCAUCUGUAGACUCCAGUUAAGACUUCUGUGACUGAAUUGUUUGCAAUCUAUUACUUUGACCUUGCGCAAAUUCAUUUGAACGAUAAAACACGUAAAACACGUGGGCACAUAAGAGUAGGCCUCUCACGAAAUGAAUCAACAUAUGCAUGUUAAACAUAUAGGCCUUUAUCAAAAUGUACAUUUUUGCCUACUAAUUUGGUUCUGAAAAACUUUAAAGUAAACAUUAAAUGCAAUUUUAAGAUUAUGAAAUGUCUUCAUACAAAAAAUAAUGGCACAUUCAAUGAUUAUGAAACAAAGGUGCUAUUUUGACACUUAAUAGAUUCUGGCAGGGGUAAAGUAUAGGCCUACACAUGGCUUGAUAUGAGUAAUUGUUUCUAUUUUAAAACAAAGUAAACAUCAUCUUGGUUUAAAUUAAACAAAAGGCAAUAUAUCUAUAUAUGUAUAUAUAUAUAGCCAAAUUAUACUCUCUAUAGCAGUUCAUGUAGGGUAUGAAACAAGACCAUUUGUGGUAAAUGAUGAGGCUCCUUAUAUACAGUGCCUUCAGAAAGUAUUCAGACCCCUUGACCUUUUCCACAUUUGGUUAGUUACAGAUUUAUUCUAAAAUAUAUAUUUUUUAAACCCAUAAUGACAAAGCAAAAACAGGUAUUUCAAAAUGUUAGUGUGAAGAUCCUCUGCUAUGAGACUUGAAAUUGAGCUCAGGUGCGUCCUGUUUCCAUUCAUCAUCCUUGAGCUGUUUAUACAACUUGAGUGGAGUACACCUGUGGUAAAUUCAAUUGAUUGGACAUAU